CCCCCCCCGCCACUUACUUUUAUCCUUCAUAGCCAACCCUUUUGAGGAACAAAGCAUGUCUGCAUGCAAUCAAAGCGUUGAAAAAGAGAAUAAUAAGAGAGAUAGGACUGUUGUGUACAAGUUCGAUUGAAAUAUUUAUCGUUAUAGAAUAUUCAAGAGAAUAGAGAGGCUUUAUGGGUUUUGAACAAAAGGGAAUUUGAAAAUUGAGAGAGGGAGGAAAAUGGAGAGGGAAAGGAAAAGUAGGGAGGAAUUUGUAGCGAAAAAGUUGAGAGGCGGGAAUUCGGUGGUGAAAAGAGAGGGAAAUUGUACUCCAUCCCCUACAUGGAAAUUUGGGUUAAUUCAACCUGAUGGUUCUCUAGUUCAAGAUUUCAAUUUCCCCCCAAACACUACUCUUUCUGCUAGAAAACUUGGUGCCAAUCUUUGGGAGGUACAACCACACCUCACCGUUAAGAUGAACAGAAAUGGAACUAAGGAUAAUCAUCAAAAAUUUGAGGAAUUUAAGGCUUCAAAGCAGUUGUCUGAAUCCCCUGAUAGAUCCCCAGAGCAGGCAACGAGCAGCAGUGGUUUGAAAAACCACGUUUCAGCAUUAAUGACACAACUUGAUCAGAGGCAUAAUGUUCAACAGCCUGAUUCCACUGCUAGUUACUGUAGCUCAAUGGAGAUGGCUCCUUACAGACCGCCCCGCUCCCCAAAUAGUUCUUUGGACUCCAAGGGUAAAUUAGGCAAGCCAAGUUAUAGCCUCCAAACAUCCACUGAGUUGCUUAAAGUACUCAAUAGGAUUUGGAAACUUGAAGAAAAGCAUGCAGUAAAUACAACUUUAAUAGAAACAUUGAAAAGGGAACUGGAUCGCUCAAAUGCACGGGUUAAAAAAUUACUGCAAGAGAAGAAAAGAGAUCAAUGGGAAAUUGCUGAGUUGAUGAAGGAAAUAACGGAAGAUAAAGUUCCGAGGAAAUACAAGGAGCAACAUCAAAUGAAAAAUGCAUUUGAGUCCAUUGGGCAUGAGUUAGAGGACGAACGAAAAUUAAGGAAACAUUCAGAAAAUCUUCAUUGCAAGCUAUCUCUGGAACUUUCAGAAGUGAAAUCUUUGUUCUCCAAUGCUUUGAACGAACUUAAACAGGAGAGAAAUGCACGGAUAUUGCUAGAAGAUCUGUGUGAUGAGUUUGCAAAAGGAAUAAGAGAUUAUGAACAAGAGAUACGGUUGUCGAGGCAGAAAUCUCAUGAGAAUCAAAUUGGAAAGGAUGGGAAUGAUCGAUUGAUUCUUCAUAUUUCUGAAGCCUGGUUAGAUGAAAGAAUACAGAUGAAGCUAGCAGAUGCUCGUGAUGUUACAGAAAAACCUUCAGUUUUGGACAAGUUGAGAUUUGAAAUCGAAACCUUUCUUCGAGCAAAACAAUCUGGAAAUUCUGAAAUUAAUGAUUUUCAAUCCACGGAAAAGCCAAGGGAAAGUAACUUAUGCAGGCGUUCUUCAGAAUCUCAAUUCAAUAAAGUGGUAAGUUUGAAGCAAGGAAAUGACAGCGCCAAGCAACCAGCAGAAAUCAUUUCAGACAGUCGUCUGAAAUCAACAGAAAAAUCAAAACCGAUAAAGAAAAAGGUAGUUUCUAGAGAAGUCAAGGGUUCUGAUCCGUCCAGACUGCAACUGCAGUCUGAAGAACAAGUUAUGCACGAUCAACAUUACGUGAAUGAGGAACCAGCUAAAGAAAACCUAGACGAAAAGACCAAUAAUUUGCCAAAUGACUUAAUCAGAAAUCCUUCUUUGGCAUCGGAAGGUAAGAAACUUCAUAAUGGGAAUGAUUAUAUGGAAAGUUCUUUUGAUCCCUCUACAUUUACUGGUCCUUCCAGUCCCGUGCUAAAGUGGACGUCCGAGGUAAAAGCUGCAGAUCCCAACACGUCGGUAUCUUUCUCGAGAUGGCCUCGAAGCUUCAAGCCAAAUACUUUGCAGGCGAAGUUGCUGGAAGCACGGUUAGAGGGUCAACAACCUUGUGCUCAAGUUUCCAAAGGUUUGUCUCAAGCCGGCUAAACUACAACAUGAUACAUACUCAAAAGAGUUGUUGAAACUGUAAAUGAGAAUAACCUCUCUCUGUACAUGGUUGUAGGAAGUGAUCGAAUCCAUGUCCUAUCUCCUAGUCACUGUGGUAAAAAAACUUGUUACACCUUGCAGGAUCUUGUAGUAGAGAGAUUUUAUGUAAUAACAUUUUUGGCUCUAUGAUAAUUUUGUCAAGAAUAUGUAGUUAACGUUUUCUGCUGUUUUGGACAGAUAUGUGUCGAAUUAGUUAUUUCAAGGAUACGAUCUUCUUGACGUCUCCAAAAGUGUCACCUUUGUUAAAGUAAUAAGUUAAUUAGGUUACGGGUAGUUUAGUCUUAUUAUGUUUCCUUAGUUUUGCACUAUAUAAACCAUUGUAAUCUUACAUUAUGCAAUCAAGUUUGGAGGCUGCUAUCAA